AUCCCUCCUUAUCCUUCUUCUACUUUCAGUCUCUACUGUUCUGCUCUCUGCUUUUUUGCUUCUUUCAACUAAACUAGCUACCUCUUUGUUUUGUCUCUCAUCAGCUUCUACUUCACACUCAUAAAAUAGGGCUUUGUCCUUCUCUUUCAAGGAAAAAUUGUGUUACCCUACACAAUUAGGGUUACUGCCCACUGUUGGGGAUUGUGUUCGUCCAACGAAGAUCAGACACGCGGCAAGCAUGAAGGAGAACGGAAGCAGCAGGAAACAAGGUGCACCCUCGCCGUGUGCAGCAUGCAAGCUUCUCAGAAGGAGGUGCGCUCAGGAUUGUGUGUUUGCUCCCUAUUUUCCUGCGGAUGAGCCCCAAAAGUUUGCUAAUGUUCACAAAGUGUUUGGUGCCAGCAAUGUCAACAAGAUGUUGCAGGAGCUGCCAGAGCACCAAAGAGGAGAUGCAGUAAGUAGCAUGGUGUAUGAAGCAAAUGCCAGGGUGCGAGACCCAGUUUAUGGUUGUGUUGGGGCAAUUUCGUCCUUACAACAACAGAUUGAUGUGCUUCAAACCCAACUGGCUCUAGCUCAGGCAGAGGUGGUGCACCUCAGGGUGCGUCAGACUGCAUCAUUCUCUAACCAUGGGUUAAGUCCGGCUAGCCCAAGUAAUAGUGGGUCACCCCCAUCUAAGUUCAUGGGUUCUCAGGCCCGGCCUAUUUUCGACAUGGAUAUGAUGGUGGACCAUACCAGCUUGGGAUUGGGAGAGUCCAUGUGGUCAUGCUAAGCUUAAUUAAUUUCUAAUGUUUACUCUACUAUAAUCUAGAGAGUAAUUAGUUUUGGUAUUCAUGCCUAAUAUUUGCUUUACUACUUAUGUAGUCCUUAAAUGAACACCGGGGGUAAACCUAGUGACGGUUACAACAGUAAAAGCGGUGGCGGUGAUGGUGACGAUGACAGUGACCAAGGCGAUUCGCCCGCUUGAGUUCGAGAUUGAUUUUCCAUUAGUAACUAGAUUGUAAAUAUUAGUUUAACUUGUUUAUAUUUAUAUUGGGUAAUCAUAUAUUUGUGGGACUUUUUAUAUUUGCUCCAAGUGACUGGUUGACUUUGGAUGUGUGAAUCCACCAAACAUAUUGACAGUUUGGGGAAAAGAGUGGGAACGAAAUUUGAAAGAGGAUUGUAGUAGGAUUUGCAGAUUGUGGAGCAGUCAUGUAUGGAAUAUUAUUGGUAAUCAUAGUAAAAUUCCACCUA